AUGGCCACAUUAACGCCCAUUGCCGUGACUCUUCCAGCAACCAAAAUCCCGACUAAAGAGAACGUCAGAGACAUCAUCGGCACAUUCCUCAGCCAGGAAUGGCCAUCUGUCGAGCCAGAGACAUUGACUCUCUCAUACCAUGCAUCGUUUGCGAACGCCCACUGUCCUGUGGAGCGACCGAGCCCGAGACCAGGACCUGCUACCGGUACCUGUACCGCUACUGGCGCACCCACUGAGCCAUUGAAGGUGUUUAUCAAAUUCCACACCGCUGCCGGGGGCUGUCUUGAUAUCUUCAAGCCGUUGGCUCCAACGAGGCAGGAGGAGGCACUUCUCUCAUAUGAGUAUGGGCAAACGGGCUUGGGAGCUAGAGUGUAUGGAUUCUUCGAAACGCGGGAUGGAACGCUGGGGAGAGUUGAGGAGUUCUUGGAUGCGCGGAACUUGGAGCCGGAGGAUAUUGAGGAUGAGGUUAUCCGGGCGGAUGUUGCUAAAGGAUUGGCUAUAUUCCAUCGAUUGGAGACGUCGUUGGAGAAGAGGGCUGUUGAGGCGUACUAUGAGGCUGUUAUUAAGGGGCUUGGGAAGUAUCACAAGAUGGACAAGUUGAAGGCACUUGGGAAGGAAGGAGGGAUUGAUAUUGAUAAGCUAGUUGACUGCGACCUUGCUAGAAGGUUGGGAAAUGCGGUGGACAAGCUGGUAUCCAUAGGAGGAAAGACAGGAUGGUGUAUUCAUGACGUCCAGUUCAUGAACGUGAUGGUGAAAAAUCAUCCCAGAGAGGAGAGCACAGUCACCCUCAUUGACUUUGAGUUCGUGAUGCACAACUACCGAGCGUUUGACAUCGGUGGGCACUUCAUGCAAAAGAUGUUCAAGUGGUUUGACCAUGAGAGCAGGAUAGCAGACUGCAGGAAAUAUACCACCGAGGAGAAGAGGCAUUUCUGUGACGAGUAUGCCAGACAGUGGAACACGCUGACCGGUGAUUCAGAUACUGGGGAUCGGGUUUUUCUUGAAUCUGAAUAUGGAUACUUGUUGGCCAUAGCCUUUGAUAUCCAUAACAUGCUUUGCUUCAUGGAUGAACAGGGUGACAAUGAUCCUUUGAAUCUGCUGGGGCUUAACAAGCUGUUUGAUGAGUUUGUGGAUCAGUAUGCGAAGCUGAACUUAGAUGGUCAUACGGUUUUAACUUGA